CACCGACGAUUCCCUCUACUAUAAGGGUACUCCAGGGCCCACAGUCAGGUGGAAGCGUCCUAAGGAGAUCUGUGACGACCCCCGGCUCUUCGUAGACGGCAUCAGCUCCCAUGACCUGCACCAGGGCCAGGUGGGCAACUGCUGGUUCGUGGCUGCCUGCUCUUCACUUGCCUCCCGAGACUCACUCUGGCAAAAGGUCAUCCCAGACUGGAAGGAGCAGGAGUGGAACCCUGAGAAGCCUGACAGCUAUGCUGGCAUCUUUCAUUUCAACUUCUGGCGCUUUGGGGAGUGGGUGGACGUGGUCGUCGACGACCGGCUGCCCACAGUCAACAACCAGCUCAUUUACUGCCACUCCAACUCCAGAAAUGAGUUCUGGUGCGCCCUGGUGGAGAAGGCCUAUGCCAAGUGGUGUUUCUGAACCCAUCGACCUGACCGAGGGAGACUUGGCCACCGAUGAGGCUAAGAGAAACCAGCUCUUUGAACGGGUGCUGAAGGUGCACAGCAGAGGCGGGCUUAUCAGUGCCUCCAUCAAGGCUGUGACAGCAGCUGACAUGGAGACCCGCCUAGCGUGUGGCCUCGUGAAGGGCCAUGCAUAUGCUGUCACUGAUGUGCGCAAGGUGCGCCUGGGCCAUGGCCUGCUGGCCUUCUUCAAGUCAGAGAAGCUGGACAUGAUCCGCCUGAGGAACCCCUGGGGCGAGCGGGAGUGGACCGGGCCCUGGAGUGACACGUCAGAGGAAUGGCAGAAAGUGAGCAAGAGUGAGAGGGAGAAGAUGGGUGUGACUGUGCAGGACGAUGGUGAAUUCUGGAUGACCUUCGAGGACAUGUGCCGCUACUUUACUGACAUCAUUAAGUGCCGCCUGAUUAACACGUCCUACCUGAGCAUCCAUAAGACAUGGGAGGAGGCCCGGCUGCAUGGUGCCUGGACGAGACAUGAGGACCCACAGCAGAACCGCAGUGGAGGUUGCAUCAACCACAAGGACACUUUCUUCCAGAACCCACAGUACAUAUUUGAAGUCAAGAAGCCAGAAGAUGAAGUGUUGAUCUGCAUCCAGCAGAGGCCCAAGCGCUCAACUCGCCGAGAGGGCAAAGGCGAGAAUCUGGCAAUCGGCUUCGACAUCUAUAAGGUGGAAGAAAACCGUCAGUACCGUAUGCACAGCCUACAGCACAAGGCCGCCAGCUCCAUCUACAUCAAUUCACGCAGCGUUUUCUUGCGGACAGAGCUGCCCGAGGGCCGCUAUGUUAUCAUCCCCACCACCUUCGAGCCAGGCCACACUGGCGAGUUCCUGCUCCGAGUCUUCACAGAUGUUCCCUCCAACUGCCGGGAGCUACGCCUGGAUGAGCCUCCUCGAACCUGUUGGAGCUCCCUCUGUGGCUACCCUCAGCAAGUGACCCAGGUCCAUGUCCUGGGGGCUGCUGGCCUCAAGGACUCCCCAACAGGAGCAAACUCAUAUGUGAUCAUCAAGUGUGAGGGCGAAAAGGUUCGCUCAGCCGUGCAGAGAGGGACCUCGACACCAGAGUACAACGUGAAAGGCAUCUUCUAUCGAAAGAAGCUGGCUCAGCCCAUCACUGUGCAGGUUUGGAAUCACCGAGUCCUGAAGGAUGAAUUCCUGGGCCAGGUGCACCUGAAGACUGACCCGGAUGACCUGCAGGACCUCCACACCCUCCAUCUCCAGGACCGCAGUAGCCGGCAGCCCAGCGACUUGCCAGGCAUUGUAGCUGUGCGAGUCCUCUGCAGUGCCUCUCUCACGGCUGUCUGAAGCCAGCCCGCCUGUCCGGCCCCACUAGUCCUCACCACACCUCGCAUGUCCCCACCUGGCCUAGGACCAGCCUGGGAACCAGACACUGGGGCCCUUUACCCACUCUUCCACUAACCCACUGUGUGACCUGAGGAGAGCCCUGCCCCUCUCUGAGCCUCAGUGUUUGGAGGGCCCCAAAUAAUUCCCAUCUUGUGGGAGAGUUUUCUUGCCUAAGAUUUAAAGCAGCUCUCUCUACCCAAUGGGCGCUGCUGUUAAGGGGCUAUCUGUUGAAAACGUUUCCCCAGGCCCUGCUGUCUGCCGAGGAGUGCCAAGAUGUCAAUUGUUUACAGACAAACUGCCAUGUCCCAAGCCCCUUCCCCAACCUUGUUUGCUAUGGGGGAGGUUGUGUCCCUCCCCAGAUCUUUGCUAUGUAGCUUAGAGUGACCUUAAAUUCCUGAUCCUCCUGCCUCCACCUCCUCAGUGCCAUACCGCUACACCAGUUUAUGUGGUGCUGGGUAUGGAACCCAGGGCUUUGUGCAUGCCAGGCGAGCACUUACCAGCUUAGCUACAUCCCCAAUCUAACUACACCCCAUUUUAAAACCAUCUUGAAAGAACCCUUAACGGGCAUAUGCAGGAGACAUCUGCUCAUUGUCUAAUGCCUGACCUCCAUCCACUUAGUUAUUCAAUGUAGACUUGCCCAAUAAGCCACCCUAGGCUUCCUGAUUCUCAGGUCUUCUCCGGGGCAGAUACCUUCCUGAGCAGCAGGCUCUGACUUCACUCUCACCCACUGAAAAGCUGUGAUCAUGCUGGUGAGAAAGUAUGAUUUCCCAACCUCUACUUGUGAUGUUGGAAGGAGUGGCCUGGGCCAAACAGGUUGAUGUAAGGCUACGGGAGACCCAAGGGGGAGACUCGUGCUGCCUCUGCUGAAAGACCCUAGGGUUUUCUUGGAAGAAAGGACUCUAGGGUGGAUAGUGCCAGGCCCUCAGGGUUGGAUCAUCUGUUGGGUGUCACACAUGGGGACUUCUCUCUUCUGACCAGAGGGCUCUCCACCAGCAUCCCCAAAGAGCCAAGGAGGCCACCAUGCUCUUACUGUCCAGACCAAAAUGUUGCUCUCAAUCCUCAACAUUGGAUAGCCUUAGCAUUUUAAAAAAUUUUUGGUGUAAGGGAGGUCUGCCCCCACAGUUGUCCUUUGCAGACUCGGUUUGUUGGUCUUCUGCUUUAUCCUGACAUUGAGCAUGAGAGGCCAUGGGUGCAGAGGGACCUUCUCGGAGGAAUCUCAGAGGAGGAUGGAGAUGAGAUGUUCAUUCCUGGCUGCCAUCUGCAUUCCUGAGGAACUCUUGUUUAGUAUCGGUGCUGUGGCUCACAGGUCCCCUCUGUGCCCUCCUUCAGUUUCCAGACCAGGCUUAGUAGAUUUAAAAACAAAACAAAACAAAACAAAACAAAAAAAAAAAAAAACAAUUGGGUCAUCAGCAGCAAUUGCUUUUGGAACGGUUACAUUCUGUCUCUGGCCCAGGAGGACAUAAGAUGUGGUCCUCUUGCUGGAGGUGCUGGGUUCUGACUGCCAUCUUGCUCCAUGAUGGCUCUUCUGGCCUGGAAUCUGGUCCACAGGAAGGGCUAGGAGCUGAAUUAAAGAUAAUAGCAUUCCCUCCUGCACACUUGGGGCUUCCCUUCACUGACCUGGGUCUGGGGCUGUGCACUCCACCAGGAGCAAGUCACUUCAACCUCCCGUGCCUCGAUUCCUUCCUCUGUAGCAUGGGGCUGGCGACUCCUAUUUGUGAGGACUCUCACAAGAAUAAGAGCAAGGCCACACCACUUACGCUGUGUGCCAAUCUGUCGUAUACUCCGCACGUCACUUGAUCACUUCACUUCUCAAUGGCUAUCGCAAACGAAGACUGCAGUCAGGAAUGGGGGAUGAGCACCUGCCUCACAAUCCUGGGUCUCAGGGCCUGACAUGUGGGUCUUAGCCAUAUCCCUCUGAGGCACAGGCAAACAAGGACCAAGUAGCAAAUGUGUAGAUGUGUCAUCUGGCAUCUAGCCACUGUCCCCCACCUCUAGCAGAACUGGGCCAGAAGCCCUCCUGUUCUCCCUUAAGCUAGGCCAGGCUGGCUCCUGGCUGUGAAGGAACCUCUGGUCCCCAGGAAGCCUUGACGACUGGACAGGUGAGGACAGAGUGGAGCAGGCAUAGCAGUGGCUUUGUUCACCACUUGCACCCAGGAGGCCUUGUAGUGUUUCAGUUGCAGGUGAUCAGCCCUGCGGUGUACACUACAUGGACCACCAGGACCCAGCCUUCCCUCCUCCAGGCCACCAUGACCUGGGGUCAAGGGAGAGAGGAACUCUGUUAUCUUCUCAGAAUAAAUAUUACUGCCACUCUA